CAUCCUCCUCCCGUCCAUACGGUUAUCUCAGCUGAAAUCGAGUCAUAGCGCUGUGUCUUUACUACCCACGAUUGGUUCCCUGUCCAGGGUUCUCUUCCGGCACCAAUAUCGAAGCCCCAAGUGGAAAUUCGCAGUUUUCCAACAUGGUUAACACUGGCCGACCCUCAAUGGACUGUCUUCCCUGUAGGCGACGCAAGCUCCGAUGCGACCUAAAACCGGAAUCCUGCGGCCAGUGUCGCCGAGCCAACAUAUCAUGCCAUGGCUACCGGAAUUUCCAGGACCUGGCGUUCCGUGACGAGACACAUGUAGCCAGGCAAAAGGUGGUGGCCCGCCAAAGAUAUUCCGGCAAUCAGCUCAUUAUGUUGCCUUCGCCGAUGCUAGACCUGAAUCUGGACGUCGAGACACGUUGUCGAGGCACCUUUUUCGUGCUUUAUGUUACUGGCUUGUCACGGAGUUGCUCCUCUCUCCCACCACUAUACAACCAGGCCCCUAUCGCAGGGCAUCUUGCAUACAGUGUAAAUGCAGUCAGCCUCGCGUUCUCGGCAAUACAGUUCGAGAGCCGAGAACUGAUAAGUUCCGCCUUUAACACAUACUCGGCUGCCAUAGGGAGUCUGAGAAAUUCACUAUGCGAACCGAAAGUGUUGAUAGGUGAUGAGAUUCUGCAGUCGAUACUACUUCUUGAUCUAUUUGAGAAACUAACAGGGCCGAGCCUUGGCAUGCCAGGAUCUUCGAUGACUCAUAUUCGAGGGGCAAUGUCAAUGAUCGAGUCGCGAGGAACGUUGAACUUUACAAGUGUUUUAUCAACGCAACUCGCCAGAAGCGCUUUAUCGCACUAUAUAAUUAGUUGCGGGAUAUCCAAAACUUCUAUUCUGGACUCGCAAGUUGCCGUCUGGAAGACUCUUUCUGGGCUUACCAUGGAUGAUAAAUGGGAUUACAUGGGAAUCCUAGUUGAUAUUGUUAACUUGAGGGCCAUUUUGGCCAAGGGAAUAAUGGUUGACGACAGGAAGAUAAGAGGAAGGAUUCUUGAGAUAAAUUGUAAGCUUGGAUACCUUGCGGACUCAUUGGAAAGGUCAUGCAGGCCAGUCACCGUCUCCUUACACCAUUGGCAAACAUUCAGCGGAGAAUACGACGUCUAUCCGAACCACCAUUCAAUGCAACUAAGCAACGCAGUGCGGAUGAUGCGUUUAGAGAUGGAAGGAUUGAUAAGGGAAAGAUACCGGCAACAUAACGCUGACAUGAUCAACAAGAUUGCGAGGCAAAUCUGUCGCUCUGUUACGCACUACAUCAUGCCACAUGCUAGGCCAGAAAAUACUGAGCCUUUCACACCGAUGCAGAAGCUGCAGUGCAAGGUGCUGAUGGCACCACUGUACCAGGUUGCUCAGCUGUCAACAGAGAAUUGCGUACAAGAAUGGAUUUGGACAAUCCUGGAAUACAUGGCAGAGAAGGGUAAUAUGCGGAUAGCAAGGGAUGUCCUUGGCUUGUCCAAGAGAAGACUGGACAUAGAUUAUUGGACGAUUUGGGCCAUGGCAGGAUCCUAUGCAACAGCAGCAUAAGAUAGUCUGCAAACAGAUUACAUAGAUCCGGACAUCAGGUUUAAGUCCAUCUAAUACUCGUAUUCGUAAACAUGUAUGCUUAGAU